GUGCUACGAUUUCGUGUUGGCAAGUCCCGCAGGGCGUGUCGUGCAGUGCAGCUAUAACUUCUCCCGACUGCGAUGGUUUUUGCAGUAUCCAGCUGUCAGGAAGUGUUCAGACUCGGUGCAGUAUAGUGCAGAAACCGUCAUCAGUAAUGGAAUCAGUAAGUGCAGCCAGCACCCACUUCACCUUGGACCUGUUUAAAAAGAUCACCAGCAACAACAAAACGGGCAAUGUUUUCUUUUCGCCGAUCAGCAUCUCCUCAUCCCUGGCCAUGGUGUACCCCGGAGCCAGGGGAGACACGGCCACGGAGAUGUCCAAGUGUCUUCAUUUCUAUCGAGCUGGGGAUAAUCUUCAUGAUGGAUUCAACAAGCUCUUCUCUGAACUUAAUAAAGCGGAAGCCGCAUAUUCAUUGAGCUUAGCCAACCGUCUGUAUGGAGAGAAGUCCUACGAGUUUGUUGAGAAAUUCCUUGCUGACACGAAGAAGCACUACCAGGCUGAGUUGGAGCCAGUGGACUUCAGAUUUGAUGCAGAGGCAGCCAGGGUGAACAUUAACACCUGGGUGGAGAAGCAGACUCAAGGCAAAAUCAAGAAUUUACUUGCAAAUGGAGUUGUUGACUCUCUGACUACACUUGUGCUGGUGAAUGCGAUCUAUUUUAAGGGUAACUGGGAGAAAAAAUUUAAAGAAAGUGCCACAAGAGAACAGCCAUUUAAACUUAAUAAGAAUGAUACCAAACCAGUGAAGAUGAUGUACCAGAAAAGCAAGUUUAACUUCACUUUCAUUCCAGAAGUUCAGUGUCAGAUUCUGGAGCUGCCCUAUAUUGGUAAUGAGCUAAGCAUGCUCAUCAUGCUUCCAUCUGUAAUGGAAGAUGAUUCCACUGGCCUGGAGAAGCUGGAACAGCAGCUCACAUAUGACAACCUCAUGGAGUGGACGAGGCCUGACAUGAUGGAAUAUGUCACUGUUAAUGUGGGACUGCCCAGGUUCAAGAUGGAAGACAGCUAUAACAUGAAGGAGACCCUGAGUGGCAUGGGUAUGGUGAAAGCCUUUGAUGGGGGUGACUUCUCUGGCAUGUCUCCCAGAAAUGACCUGCUGCUGUCGGAAGUGGUACACAAGGCUUUUGUGGAGGUAAAUGAAGAAGGCACAGAAGCUGCUGCUGCUACAGCAGCUGUCAUGAUUAUGCGCUGUGCACCAUUGCCACCUACGUCCUUCAUUGCAGACCACCCCUUCCUUUUCUUAAUCAGACACAACCCUUCGAAGAGCAUCCUCUUCUAUGGUCGUUUUUGCUCCCCUUGAAUUGGUAAACAUCAGAGGGUUGUAUUACUGGCAUACUGUUUAAAAAAAAAAAAAACCAGAUAUGCAAUAAUGGUUCUGCAAUAUACCUGGCCUUAAUGGUAACGUAAUAAAACCAGGCGUAUAUUUUAUAUUUAACUGCCUUUCAGCAUCUACUGAAACUGCCUACCUGCACUUCUAAAAACAAAAUUUAGGUGGUCCUUGUAUUUUAAAGAUACAUGGGGAAAAAAUUUUGUACUAGCUUAACGCCAAAGAAUUUGUCUUUGAACUUUCUGAAUAAAGGAAUUGAAUUUGUUUGUGGCACACA